AAUAAAUAUAUUUUUUUCCACGGAGUAGUUAAAGUAGUUUUCGCAAAAAGGAAAAAAACCACUUCUAGCGCUCAUCUCCACGUGUACAAAUUUUUGAAAGCAUUUUUGAAGUGUAGAACUGAAACCGCUUUUGCUCUCCAAACUCCAAACCUCCGCUCUGAAUACAAACAACAAAGAAGAAAGAAGAAGAAGUCAGAAAUGGCCAAAGCCGGAGAAGAAGAAGAGAAGACUUGGGAGGAAGUUCUGAGAAGAAUGUUACCGGAAGGCGCGCCAUUACCAGACGAAGAGCAACUCGAUUUCUCCAUCGCCGUCGAAUACGAAGGUCCUCCUCUUCCUUUUAACAAUAUUCCUAGAGUUGACCCUGUUAAUCUUAAUCCUCUUUCGCUUCCCAAGAUUACUCGAAAACUUUCUAGAUUUAAUAGACCUUCGCUUACUGAUCUCAAUCUCAAAGUCAAAUUUCCUAAUGAUGAUGAUGGAUUGCAAUCGCGUGAUUGUACAAACGGCGACAUUUCGAUUAAUGAUUUUUCUUCGCCGCUUUCUGGCGGUGGUGAUGAUUGUGAGGAUGUGAAAGAAGAGGAGGUGAAUGAGUCAAAGGAGAGUAAGGUUGUUUGGAAGAAGAAGAGGGGAGGGGUUUGUAAUAGGUGUUCGAAACGCAGUCGUUUGAAGGAGAGAGAGGCCUGUUUGGUUUGUGAUGCGAAGUAUUGUAAUAAUUGCUUGAUUAAAGCAAUGGGAUCGAUGCCAGAAGGGAGGAAAUGUGUUAAUUGUAUUGGGAAGGCUAUAGAUGAAUCGAAGAGAUCGAUUUUGGGAAAGCCUUCGAGGAUUUUGUCGAAAGUUUGUAGUCCUUUGGAGGUUAAGCAGAUAAUGAAGGCGGAGAAGGAAUGUGCUUCGAAUCAGCUUAGACCUGAGCAGUUGCUUGUAAAUGGUCGGCAGUUGAACCAAGAUGAAUUAGCUGAACUUUUGGGUUGUCCUAAUCCUCCUCAGAAGUUGAAGCCGGGCAAGUAUUGGUAUGAUAAAGAUUCUGGCCUUUGGGGAAAGGAGGGAGAGAAGCCUGAUAAGAUAAUCACUUCAAAGUUGAAUGUUGGGGGUAAGCUUCAGCAGGACGCUAGCAAUGGAAACACCAAGGUUUACAUAAAUGGUCGAGAAAUCAACAGGACUGAGCUCAAAGUUUUAAGGCUGGCUGGCGUACAGUGUCCUCGUGAUACUCACUUUUGGGUGUAUGAUGAUGGAUCUUAUGAGGAAGAAGGUCAAAAUAACAUUAAGGGGAACAUAUGGGGAAAGGCAUCUACUCGUUUCAUUUCCUCAUUAUUUUCAUUGCCUGUACCACCUGGAAAUACUCAGGGGCAAAUCGACGAUCCAAGUACUUUCUCAGGUAGGUCGGUACCUGAGUAUUUUGAGCAGGGAAGCAUCCAGAAACUUUUGUUAUUUGGAUUGGAAGGAUCCGGAACUAGCACUAUCUUCAAGCAGAUUGAAAAAACUGAAAAUUGGGAGGAAUCCAUUGAUGACAUUGUAGCUGCAUUUGAGAAACAACAUCGACGGAAGCUGUUGUAUAGCAUCGCUUUCUAUUGGAGAAGUCUUUAG